UCAUCUCGUUUCCAUAGUAACACAGGUCACUAGCUACAAAGUUGAUUUUGUCAACAUUUAGCUGUAACUUUAGCACAGGGGUCGCAAGAACUUGAAGCAAGCAGGUUUACUAAAUAUGGCUUCUUCCCUGGGGUGUACAAAGGACGUUUUGCAGCAGGUCAACCAGUUCUGGUCCAUGUUAGACGAGCUGUCUCAGAAUGACCCUCAAAGCUACCAGAUGUAUAUCGAGAAACAGAUGAAACAGGGAGCUGAUUAUAAUGCACCACCUCACCCUGACUCCUGCCUACUCAUCGAAAUGCUGGAGCCAAAGAAAGGGUUGCUGUACAUCAAUGUGUGUGGCUGGAAGCGUGUCCCUGCCCCUGCUGAUGAGAACAAGCCAGUGCCUGUGUGUGGAGGGAGACUGGAGACAGACACUGAUGAAAGAGGAGACAACUACAGUGUGGUGGAUGUGGCGUUCAGCCCUGCGGUGCUGCAGCAGGCUCAGCAGGACAAGAGGGAGAAGGACCAGGUCCACCUGUUAGCCCUGAGCUUCACCCAGCAGCAGCAUGGCCUGCGUCUGGCCCAGCAGUACAACGUCAGCAACAGUAAGGUAAAAGGCAGCCUAGAGGACAUGCAGCGCCGCCUGGGUCCUCUAAAACAGUCCAGCCCUGCCACCAACACAGCCUCCCAGACCCCAGCUUCCCUGCUUCAGCAGAUCUCCUCUCUGCGUGAAGGGCAAACUGAGGACAGUACACCUGUGCAGCUCAUCACAUCUGUCCAGCUAACUCCUGGGCCAGGGGACCAAAGCAACAAGACCAAAAACCUGAUCCAGGUGAUCUCCAGCUCAGUGACAGCCCAGCCUCAGCGGCCACAGCACCAGCUCACUGUCAACUCUGACCCCAGGGACCUCUUUCGGAGCCUGAAGCUGACUGUGGAGCUACCAAAGGUUCAGUCCAUCACAGAGUGCCAUCUCAGCAUUUCCCAGGAUGAUGUACUACUAGAAGUGGAGGAUAUGUACCAUCUACACCUGGAGCUGCCUGAGACUGUGAAUGAAGAGUCGGCCUCUGCCACGUUCAACAAGAAGAAACGGACAUUAACUUUGCAAGUGUCUAUACUCUAGUGCCGGUACUGCUGACAUUAAAAAGAAGCAAAUUCAUUAAUAGGCAAACUCUAAAAAAUGUGUCUGCUCUGGCAAGACUGGGACUUUUGAAAUAUAACAAGGCCAUUAGAGAAGGCAGUAAUGUAAUUUCUGCUAUGCAUCCUACAAGCUGUGCGUCUGAACCUUUGUAGUAGUAUACAGUACCUCAGUAAAGACAUUCACAACAACAUUAAUGACUCAUGUGGAAUUAUAGUCCUCCAUGAUCAUGAGUUACAUUAACUGCAUGUCUGGGAAAUAAUUCACAAAUAGUCAAUAUUCAUGCAGUAAUCCAUGUUUAUUAAAACUUCAAAAUUGUAUUGUGAACAACUUCAUUCAUAUUUGGCAACUACAACUUGUACUUCAAACAGUUACUGUAAGUCAAAUGUCCAUAGGACAGAGCCAUUUUGAAAGUAUGGUUUUAUCUCGAAACAGUCAUAAAUAGAUUGGUCCCAAUUGUUAUAAUAACUACAGUGGGGG